GUCUUUAUUGACACUGUGAUCAUGCACUAGCUGCUUUCACCUGAUUUUGAACGAAAGUCCAUUCUGUGCCUUUUUAAAGCAAAGUUCUGCCCCAGGCCAUUGGGAAUAUUUAUUUAAAAGAAAGCAGAAAGCAAAAAUGGAUCCGAAUAAGCCGCUGUUCCGAGCAGGAUUCCCCGGCGCUCCAGAUCUUCCUGUGGCACGGGGUCGAGGCUUACUCGCAGACCAGCACUCCCCGGGACGAGCCAGGGGUUUUCUGAUAGACCAGCUCUCAAUCGGGCGAGCCAGAGGUUUGGGUGUAGCUACAGGAGAGCCCUCGGUGGGCCGAGCUCGAGGCCUGGCUCUGUUUGCAGACAAGGCAUCUGUAGGACGAGCCAGAGGUUUAUCUGCCAUGGCCGAAGAGCCUCCUGUAGGCCGCUCUCCAGCUGCUCCUGUAGCUCUGGCUGAAGCGAUUGCUGGGAGAGGGAGAGGUCAGGCGUCCAGCGCUUUAGACACCACGCUGUUUCCUUAUGGCCGAGGAAGCCCAGGGUCGGGCGGUGACAGGCCUGUUAGUGUAACACAGGGAAUGAAGGAGGAGGAGGAAGGGGGCAGCAGAGGGUUUGUAAGAGCCCGAGGGUUUCUUCAAACAUCACAGGAACCUGCUUUGGGAAGAGGAAGGAGCAUGGCACUGUUAGUUAAAGAGUCUCAGCCUCCAGGUAAAAGUGAACAUGUGGAAACUUCUGGAGUGAUUCCCAGCAUGCAGGAGGAAGAGACACCCAAAGUUCAGGCCGAUGUUCCAGGUCCAGGCUCAUCUCUGCUGUCCAUGUUCAGAGGAAUGGGCAUUGAACCGGCCAAGACAUGGGGCAGAGGAGCCACAGCUUUGGGACGAGGUGCAGUGGGGGAAUACAGAGAUGAUGGUCAGCUUCCUGUGCCUCCUGCAGCUUCUGAAGCAGAAGAUUCCUCCUACAGCAGCAGUGUUGCAGGGAGAGGACUGAUCGGAGUCAGAAAAGAUGCCGGCUUUCUGUUGGGUCGAGGUUCCGGAGCCCCGCUUUCACCCCUGAUCCUGAAAGAAACCCCCGUGACCCCGGCAAUCUGCCCUCCGAAAGCAGAGCUGAAGAUGGAGGCUACACGCGAGCCGUUGAAGAAAGUCGGAACGAAAGGGGAUCCGGUCUCCGUCGGCUCGAACCUCGUCCCCAUCCGGUGCAAGAACGAAGCCGUGUUCCAGUAUCACGUCACCUUCACGCCAAAUGUGGAGUCAGUUGGGAUGCGCUUCGGGAUGUUGAAAGAGCAUCGGUCAACUACAGGAGACGUCGUGGCCUUCGAUGGUUCCAUCCUUUAUCUGCCAAAACGCCUAGAGGAGGUUCUUCAUGUGAAAGCUGAGAGGAAGACCGACAAUCAGGAAAUAGAUAUUAAAAUCCAGAUGACGAAGAUCCUGCCCCCCCACUCCGAUCUGUGUAUCCCCUUCUACAACGUCGUCCUGCGCAGAGUGAUGAAGAUUUUGGGGCUAAAUCUGAUUGGCAGGAAUCAUUAUGACCCCAAAAAUGCCGUUGUUCUCAACAAGCACAGGCUGCAAGUGUGGCCCGGUUACUCCACCUGUAUAAAACACACCGAUGGAGGUUUGUACCUGCUGGUGGACAUUUCACACAAAGUGCUGAGGAACGAUUCAGUCCUGGACGUCAUGAACAUGAUCUACCAGCAGAGUCGUGAAAGGUUCCAGGACGAGUGUACCAAAGAGUUAAUCGGCUCUAUAGUCAUCACUCGCUACAACAACCGAACCUACCGCAUCGACGACAUCGAGUGGGCCAAGUCCCCCAAAGAUUCCUUCACCAUGGCGGACGGCUCCGAGACCACCUUCAUCGAAUACUACAGAAAAAAUUACGGCAUCACCGUGAAAGAACUGGAUCAGCCGCUGUUGGUCCAUCGACCCAAGGAAAGGUCCAAACCUGGGGGAAAGGUGAUAACAGGGGAGAUUCUGCUGCUGCCUGAGCUCUCCUUCAUGACCGGCAUCCCGGAGAAAAUGAGGAAAGACUUCAGAGCGAUGAAGGAACUGACGGUGCACAUUAACGUGAGCGUGGAGCAGCACACACACUCGCUGAAGCAGCUUCUGAACAACAUCAGCACCAAUCAGGAGGCAGUGAAAGAGCUGGAACGCUGGGGCCUGGAGAUCAGCUCUGAUAUACUGGUGACUCAGGGUAGAACUUUGCCCAUGGAGACCAUUUGCCUGCAGUCUGCCACGUUUGUCACGUCUCCGACUGUCGACUGGUCGAGAGAGGUGGUCAGAGACUCGUCCAUCAGCUGUAUCCCUCUGUACUGCUGGGCGGUGUUUUACCCUCGUAGGGCUGUGGAUCAGGCAGAGGAGCUGGUGGCCACGUUCGGGAAAGUGGCUGGACCGAUGGGGAUCAGGCUGGACCGUCCGAUCCGUAUCGAGCUCCGUGACGAUCGCACCGAGACCUACAUAAAGAGCAUCCACUCCCAGCUGAGCAGCGAGCCCAACGUGCAGCUGGUGGUUUGCAUCAUGACCGGAAACAGAGACGAUCUGUACAGCGCUAUUAAAAAGCUCUGCUGCGUUCAGAGUCCGUGUCCCUCGCAGGCGAUCAACGUCCGGACCAUCUCACAGCCGCAGAAACUUCGUAGCAUCGCUCAGAAGAUCCUCCUGCAGAUCAACUGCAAACUGGGAGGAGAGCUCUGGACGGUCAACGUUCCUCUGAAACACUUGAUGGUGGUGGGCGUGGACGUCCAUCACGACACCAGCAAGAAAAAACGAUCUGUGAUGGGAUUCGUGUCGAGUCUUAACAGCCUGAUGACGAAGUGGUACUCCAGAGUCACGUUCCAGAUGCCCAACGAGGAGAUCAUUAACGGCUUACGAGUAUGUCUUCUGGCCGCCCUGCAGAAAUACUACGAGGUGAACCACAGCUUCCCCGAGAAGAUCGUAAUCUACCGUGACGGCGUUUCAGACGGUCAGCUCAAGACCGUGGAGCUGUAUGAGAUCCCGCAGAUCCUGAAAUGUUUCGAGACGUUCCCCAACUACGAGCCGAAGCUCACCUUCAUCAUCGUGCAGAAGAGGAUCAGCACCACCAUGUACGCAUACGGAGGAGAUCGGUUUGGAACACCUCCACCAGGAACCGUGCUCGAUCACACCGUCACACACAGAGACUGGGUGGAUUUCUACCUCAUGGCUCACUCGAUUCGUCAAGGCUGCGGCUUCCCUACGCACUACAUAUCUAUAUACAACACAGCAAACCUCACACCGGACCACCUCCAGAGGUUGACCUUUAAGAUGUGCCACUUGUACUGGAAUUGGCCUGGGACGAUCCGGGUGCCAGCUCCGUGCAAGUACGCGCACAAACUGGCCUACCUUUCAGCACAGUUCCUCCACUCGGAACCCGCCAUCCAGCUGUGCGACAAACUCUACUUCCUGUAGAUUCCUGAGGAUUUUUUCUGUUUUCUUUCCUCCUGUUUUUGUUCUACUCAGCACUUUUCCCGGUUUGUUAUCAUAAUAUUAAUAUUAUUCUAGUUUUCUAAGAACUUCCGUUUCAUCAACAUUCGAAAUGUUCCUUGUUCAGUGUUAAAUAAAACCAGUUUGCACCUUUUCUUCGCGGUGUGUUAACUGUUUUGCUCCCGAGUGUAGCGUGGCCGAACGGCUCGGCCUCGAGCAGAUAGAGAAGAUGAACAGACCAGUAAAUCUCCGGUUAAUUAAUAAACGGUUCAGAGAAUGACAGGAGAUGGAAAAUAUUUUUAGGAAUUCAUCAACCAGAGGCAUUAAUCUCUGACCUGUGAACACUGUGGGAAAGGUGAGAAUCACACCGGGUCAUAUUCCUGCGGGUUUGAAACGUCUGGUUGAACUUCCCGUACGAGGAGGAAACAAGGAGCGUCUGCUUUAAUUAACAUUAAAUGAUCUGAAUAAAGCGAAAGAGACGUUUUAAUGAUGCACAGAAACAUUUGAUCACAAUUAAUUGCAUUUGCUGUCCAUUAGGGGGCCCCCCAGAGCCCCAGAAGGUUCUUCAGCACAGGUUAAAUAACAUACAGAAGAUCUUUAACAUGAUGUAGAGUAUAACACAGCUACAGCGGUCCCAGCGCAGUCUGUAUCAGAGCCACGGCACACAGGAGCUCGCUGCCAGGACCUGCAUCAU